AUGAAGCAUAUCAUCUUGCUCCAAGCGAUACUCGCCACAGCUGUUGAAUCUGCUGCAACCUCAGGAUGUCGCAAAGCUCUCCCUGCCCCGAUAAAGCGUGGAGGUGCCCGCAACACCAACUCGCUAGAGUUCGUCACCUCUGAUGGGACUGUCCGCGAGUAUGGCUUACACAUUCCGACUUCCUACGACGAGGAUACCCCGACACCUCUCGCUUUCUCCUUUCACGGCCGAACGCGGACUUGGCAGGAGCAACAGGAUAUAUCUGGAAUGUCCAACGAAACCAUGAAUCCAAACUAUCUAGUUGUCUAUCCGCAAGGUAUCAAUGAGCAAUGGCAAGGCGACCCGGAUGCCACUGGCUACGACGAUGUCAGCUUCACUCUUGAACUUCUUACCAAUCUCUCGAGUACCUACUGCUUAGACACAAACAGGAUCUAUGCAGCUGGAAAAUCAAAUGGCGGUGCAUUUUCUGCAAACAUUCUGGCCUGUCAUCCCAAAGCUUCAAAGCUCUUUGCCGCUUUCGGAGGUAUCUCAGGCGCGUACUACCAGGGUGAUAGUGAAGACGACUGCAAUGCGGCAACAGUGCCAAUCCCCUGCAACUCGAGUAGAUCUCCCAUUCCGAUCUUUACAACCCACGGCGAUGCCGAUGAGACAAUUCCUUACGACGGUGGACCUCGUCGCGACCGGUGCCUUCCAAAUCUUCCUCACUUCAUGACAGAGUGGUCUGAACGCAAUGGAUUUGGUGCUUCAAACACAUCGACGUCGCUCUAUCACAAAAACGUGAUUCGAUAUGAUUACGGCAACAACACAUAUCCAGGCAUCAACACGCACUAUCGAGUUCAUGGCCUCGGCCAUUAUUGGCCCUCUGUCGCCAAUGGGAGCUCAUUCGAUGCGACUCCCCUUCUGCUCGAGUUCUGGAAUAAGUGGACGCUGGAUGCUGUGAACACAACGUCCCCAGCCACGAGUACUUCGUCUACAACGCCGCCGGCUUCUAGCACGUCAUCAACCAGUUCUGCAUCGGCAUCUAGUGGUGGAGGGUUUAGUGGACAAGUCGGUCUACAACAGUGGUAUCUGGGAGGCCUUGGCUUUCUCAGCUGGAUGUUUCUCGUAUAG